AAAAAAAAACAGAAAAAGUUCCAUCCAAGUGAACCCAGAUGAUGGUGGCAGAAUGGGCACUUCUGCAACCACCUUCUCCGCCGCCGGCAGCCUCUGCCGGCCAUUCAGCUGCAUUCUCUUCUCUAAGCAGCCUCCCACUGCCUCCUUCCUUCUCCACCACCACCAUCACCACCUCCACCACCCAUUUCCAUUGAAAGUUACAAAUGAUUCAAAUAGGAGGACAGCAGAGGUGUCAAUAGAAAGUGAAAGAUCAGAGGCCGAUAAGAUUGUGGAUGGAAUGGACUUUGGGGAGCUCUGCAAUGAGUUUGAAUGCAUCAGCAGCCCCCUUGUGGAAUCCACGGCCAGGCAACUCGCCCGCGACAUUCUAGAGCUUCGUGAAGGCAACCGCGCCCUGGGAACCUUUGCGGUUUCAGUCAAGUACAAGGACCCAGUUAGAAGUUUUACGGGUCGUGAGAAGUACAAGAGACGGCUAUGGGUGACCGAUGCUCUAGAUGAUCCGUCUGUGACUGUGCAGGAGAUGGUGAUGCUGUCGACGAGUGUGCUGAGCAUCAAGUGGACGAUCAAAGGGAAGCCUAAAUCUCUACUGGCUAGUAUUGGAGGAGAUUUGAUAAUUAGAGUCAACUCCCAGUUCACUCUGAACCAGAUAAGUGGCCAGGUGAUUGAGCACGAAGAGUUCUGGGAUUUAUCAGCAUCAUCAACCAUUGCUCAGGCGUAUUUCUGGGCUUCUCGUCGCCUUUUUGCUGCAACUGAGGCUGGGAAAGAUUUUGCCGACUCUGUCAAGAACUGGGGGAGCCGUCUUUCAACUGAAAAAGAAAACCUGGAAAUCUAUCCUGACCCUUCUGGUGAUCCCACAAAGUUCUUCCAAAGAGAUGACAGUUUUCAACGAGAUUUCUAUCAGAUCGCACUGUUUCUAGCAGUCCUCUAUUUUGUUGUACAGUUCCUGAGGACAACCUUGUAAAACCUGCUUAUAAUCUCCUUCUGUAAUUGUAAUAACCAGCAUUGUAUAACAACAUUGUAACAAUAAACAUAUAGGGAUCACAUUCCCUUUUUCUCCUACCGAUUCUGUUUUAUCCUAAACAUUGGUGAAACUAUUCUUUUCGCCAGUCGAAUA